GCUGCAGCAGUUUUAUGAACGGCGCGGCUGCAUCAUGUUCCGUCUCCCUCCGACCGAGCCCGGACGUGUUUCAUUGACAAACAUCUCGCUUGGUGCAUUUCUGUCAGCGUCCAGGAGCAGAGCGGCACCUCUGCGGGAGCGGUGCGGAGCAGGAGGAAGAGCAGGAGGCAGCAGCUGCAGUGAUCAUCAUCAUCAUCAUCAUCAUCACUCUCAAGAAGAACAUCAAGAACACUCCAUAAGCUGUUGAGCCGCCACUCAGAGCCGGACCAGAUCAUUUUCAUCCACGCUCUUUUGGACACUUAAAAAAAAGGGGUGAAAAAACACUUGAGGGGGUGGGGAGCUUUUGCCACUCAGACCCCCCCUUGCCUCCCCUGCCUUCCUCCCCUGGAGGGGGAUGGGAUGGGAGCCACUGGAGCAUCUCCGGAUUAGGAGGCRCACCGCGGACGCACCGAUGGAGGAUUUUGGAUCAUCACGCGUUUUGGAACCACCUGCCAGCCUCCUGCUGCGGCCGGUGUGUGAUGCGAACUGACUCGUGGGCGGCGUAGACCCCCCUCUCUGUCCCUCUCUCCCCUCCUCCUCCUCCUCCUCCCCUCCUCACACCGAACGGUCCUCCCCUCUCUCCAGCGCCGGGGACGCACAGCCUCGUCUCGCUCCACGGCCAGCAUGUCUCGGGCAGCGGCCAUCGCCAGCUCCCUCAUCCGCCAGAAGAGGCAGGCGCGCGAGCGGGAGAAGGCGAACGCGUGCCGCGGCAGCAGCAGCCCGAGCAACAGCAAGGGCGCCAACGAGAAGCCGAGCAAGCUGAAUGUGUUCUCCCGAGUGAAACUGUUCGGGUCAAGGAAGAAGCGAAAGAGGAAGCGACCACCAGAGCCCCAGUUAAAGGGCAUUGUGACCAGGCUCUCCAGUCGCCAGGGCUUCCAGCUGCAGAUGCAGCCUGAUGGCACCAUCGACGGAACCAAGGAUGAGGACAGCACCUACGCUGUGUUCAACCUGAUCCCUGUGGGGCUUCGUGUGGUGGCCAUCCAGGGCGUCCAGACCAARCUCUACCUGGCGAUGAACAACGAAGGCUUCGUCUACACCUCUGAACACUUCACCCCCGAGUGUAAGUUCAAGGAGUCCGUGUUUGAGAACUAUUACGUCACCUACUCCUCCAUGAUGUACCGGCAGCAGAACUCGGGCCGGGCGUGGUAUCUGGGACUCAACAAGGAGGGGGCCAUCAUGAAGGGAAACCACGUGAAGAAGAACAAGGCUGCUGCACACUUCCUGCCCAAACCACUCAAAG